UCUUAUAUUUCAGCAUCACCAUGGGAGUCAAGAAGGAUCAAAUCGGAAUUGGUUGAAGCUCGCAUUCAAGUUACAAAUUUGGAAUCAAGAAUAACCCAGAUGCAGACUGUCCACAAGGAAACUUUACUCUUAUUCGAACAGGAAAAGAAGAGUCUACAACAAUCUCUUGAGAAAGAGAGAAGCAAGGCUGCUGAGGUAGAACAACGUUUAAAGAUACUGAAGAAACGUGAAAUGGAAACAAGAAAAGAAUUGAAUGAGCUGCAGUCAUCGAUGCGUCAAGAUAAUUCAAGCCUUGAAAAGAAAUGCCAAGCGCUGACUCAAGAAAACAUGCUUCUCAAGGAGAAAAUGAGUGAGGUAAACUUUGUAAGCGACGAGAAAACUUCUCAGACGGAAAAGAAAUUAAGUGUCGUUGAGAGCCAGCUGGAAGACCUGAAAGAGGAAUUGCUGAUGACGAAGAAGACAAUGGAGGAGAUGCAGGCCGAAUUGAAGCAGAAGAGAGCGGAUUGUCUCCUGUGGGAGGAAGAUAAGGCCAAACUCAGUACGCUAUCUAGGCGAGUUAGGGAUUUGGAAUACGAACAAGAAACGAACGACUCAGCUAUAAAAGCCGCCAAACUUCAACAGAAGAAAUUGAUGAAAAUGUACGAAUUGGAAAAAGAAGUGACCACAUUACGCGAAGAAAAUAGGACAACCAGACAAGCGAUCGGCAACAAACUGUACCUGGAGAACGUGGUGACGGAUCUGCGUGCACAGUUGGCCAUCCUGAAGGAGCGCGAACAGGAGGUGGUGAAGUUGACCGUGGAGAUGGGAGUAAUGCAGCAGCGGCAGCAGGAGUGGACAGAGUUAGCCAAGCACAUUCUGGGCGGACAGGCGGCCAGUCCCGUCGGUCUGCGUCAGUACAUCGAGACACUGCAACAGCGGCAGGCUCUGCUCACUUCCGACAAAACGCAUUUGGAGGCCAGGUUACGAGUGUUUGAGGAGAAACAAAAAGAAUCGGAAUCUGAAAUUGAAGCUUUGAGGUCUCAGAUUGCACAAAUGAAGAGUACCGCGGAACAGAGCAGUGCUGUGGUUCGACGAUUGAAACGACAACUUUCUCUCAUUAUUUGGGAAAGGAAUGACCUGCGUGAAAUGGUUGAUUCAUGCCAAAAAGAGUUCACGGUAACAACUAGCUCAGCACUGGACAUGCAGCAAAACAACAAAGUUGAAGCUCUAGAAAAGGUUAUUGAAGGCUAUAGGCAGCGUAUGGAGAAACUGGAAGCUGAUCCUAGUUUAGCGAUAGGAAAUGCGCCUGGAAUGAGAGACAGUUGCGGUGGUAGUCCUGCCAAUGCGGCAGAGUUGGAAAAGAUCAAAGCCGAACGAAACGCUCUUCAGCUGGAGAAGGAAGCUCUGUUGAAGAAGGUCGAUGAACUCUCCGAGCAAAUGGAGUACAGAGCGCUCAAAGGAGACUUCGAUAUUAGGCAGAACAAAAUAUUGCAUUUGAGAAUGAACCCAAUAUCAGAAGCCAUGUCCAGCCAUGAUUCAGACCUGGACACGUGUCGUGCCGAGAUUCUGAGACUGAAAGAGCGCAUUCGGCUCAUGCAAGAAGGAAAAACACUGGACAUCACUCACCAAGUAAACGAGCGAGUCGACUACAACACUGCCAAAGAAGUUGAAGAACUAAGAGAGAAACUGAAAUCGGUGGAACGACAAAACCAGAAGCUGUGUGAAAUGUUCAAGAUGACCGGGCAAGAGUUUCGAGAUGCCAUCAACAUGCUGCUCGGUUACAAGGUUGAUGCGCUCGCCAAUAAAAUGUACAGGCUCACCAAUGUCUACUCGGACGCCCCCGAUCAACAUCUUCUCUUCAAGCUAUCACAAUCAGGAGACAUGGAGCUGUUAGAGACACCAUUUUCGAACACACUGGGAGACCUGAUUGAUCAGCACCUCUACCAAGAAAAUUCAAUUCCAACGUUCCUUUCCUCCAUAACUCUCCUUCUGUUCCAGCGGCACACGCUCUGCAUAUCUGUUAUGCCUCAAAAUACCACCUAAAAUUUAGACAAUGCUCAUCAGUGUAUUCCCAAAAAAUAAUUUAUUUUUGUAGGCUUUUGAGUUUUAACCACGUAUUAUUAUUGUUUUAAAUUGAAGAGAUCAAGAGUGUAUGAAUAAGAAAAUGAUGAUAUAGUAUUGCAUGCGAAAGGGAUAUUGAAUGCUAAAAGUUGAGUUGCUUUGUAGAUACUAUAAACACGACAUUUUUUAUGUAAACUUAUUCUAUCAUUUCAUUAAUUUUUGGUAAUUAAUCAGUUUUCAUCUGGCAAUUUAAUGACUGUUUGACAAUUAUUCUGACAUUUACAAUAACUGUAAUAUUAAUUACAGUUGACAUGUAACAUGUAUCAUGAUUUUCUAGCGGUCUUUGAGCUUUGAUUUCCUUAUAGAAAGGAGAUAUCUUCUUCAAGAAGAAUGAAACAUGAUCUUAAAUCUAAAUAAAAUUUAGAGUAUCAUUGUGUCCUGAAAAGUUGCAAAAUGCCUUGAAAAUAUUAUUCCAGAAACUAUUGUUAUUAUUUUAAUUUAUAGAUAGUUACUAAAAAUAUACUAGGUUCAAAUAAAAUAUUUCUCAGUGACAAAAAGUGAAAAUGCUUUGAUGUUAAACGUCCUUUUACCGACUACACAUUUGUAAAGAAAUCCUUUAUGUACGGUACUAACUCAUUCGACUAACUAUGUACUAUUUAAUAAAUCUUUUUGAAAACUA